CGACGCAUACUAGCAAUGUGGGACUCAGGGCCUCCAAAAUGGCGGACACAUUUGAUCCAGCUAUGCGAGACAAACACCAGCCUACCAGGCCAGACACUAACAAGAAUGCGAGAGACCGAUCAACAUAAUCUUCGAAAAAUUUUGGGCCAAACUACUGACAUGCCUGCAGAUCACUGGGCCAA